AUGCAGCCACUCCCUGCAUUGGCUGGUGACUCCGAGGCCUUUUCUGCCCUGGUCACUCCCCAAGCCCGGCAUUCCAUCUCCUCCAAGUUCAAGUGGCCUCCCAGCCAGGCCCCCCAGUGUCAGGAUCCAGCUGAGUUUCUCAUCUGCUGGCUAAAUUCUAAGGGUGCCGAGCGGAACCUGCCAGAUCUUCUGAGAGCACAGGCCCAGCGCAGGAGCACUGUUACAUCUGCCCACGCCUUUGGUGAACAAGGCUUUUUAUUUGGUCAGAGGAUCUGUGGUUUUCCUGAGCUGGAUAAGAGCAGUGCUUACGGAGUAGUUUCACAGAGGCAGGUCCCACCCAGAGCCGGGAUCUGGAGCGGAGGGGAGCAGGUGUUGGGGGCACUGAAUCAUCCCAUCCACUCUGCCCUGGACCCCGGAGAGAGGCCGACUUGGUGCUCUAAGGCUACUCAGAGCCGUGAGGUUGGGCUGGGCGACUUCCUGGUGGAGAGGUCCACACAGGUGGAGAGCUGGCUGGGACUGGCCUCACAGGUAGGAGGGGCUGGAGCCCUAGAGGUGAGGCGGUGCCGUCCAGGUGGUCCCGUGGUGAUGUGCAGAUUCGUGAUCCACAUCAGUGUCUCCUGGCCAGAGCUGUUUUCCUGUGACCAGCUGUUUCCUUUGGCUGUUCAGGCCGAAGUUGCCAUCCAGGCUGUGGCUGAGCGGCCGCUCGAGUGGUACCCGUUCGUCAUCCCGUUGGACGUCUGUCCAGCCGAGGCGGCCAACAACCUUGGGCCACACUGGCCAACCCGACCCAAGUCUAAGGGUUUGGAUUCCUGGGAAGACAGCUGCCUGGUUACUGACGGUCACCUGCUAAAGGCGGAGGGCACGCCACGUGCUGGGGGAGAGGCUGGGGUCUGGGCCUCUCCUGGCGAGGCCCGCACAGCCGUGCACACACAGCCUCCGUCAGAAGAGCUCUGGUCCCGCUUGGGCUGA